CAGUGAAGGACCCUUGCUUUUGUUCAGAAGCCUCGUGCGCGACACGUGUCACCCUAUAGAUGCCCCCAGAAGUACUCUUUCUUUCUCUCUCUAAAAAACACCACAUUCAAACUCCUUCUGUCCCUCCCUUUUAAUUCUCUCUCUCUCACUCUCUCUCUCUCUAGGGUUUCUCACAGUGAAGAACAAUCAGCUGGAAUUUGCUGGUGCUUUAUAAAUUGUAUUGCUCAGCAUUGUAAUGUCGAAAUAAUCAGGAAAGGAAAAAAAGCAAGCGCCUUUUGUGAUCAACCAUGGAUCAAUCAGAACAAGCACAACAGCAACAGCAGCAGCAGCCAGUUGUGGGUAUGGUGGCAGGUUCGGGUCAAAUGUCGUAUGGUCCUCCCUCGUAUCAAACUGCUCCCAUGGUGGCUUCCGGUGCUCCUGCUGUGGCUGUACCUUCCCCGACUCAGCCUCCUGCUAAUUUCUCUAAUUCAUCGCACCAGCUUGCGUUCCAGCAAGCACAGCACUUCCACCAUCAGCAGCAACAACAGCAACAGCAGCAGCUUCAGAUGUUUUGGGCUAACCAAAUGCAAGAGAUCGAACAAACAACUGAUUUCAAAAAUCACAGUUUACCGCUUGCCCGAAUCAAGAAAAUAAUGAAAGCUGAUGAGGAUGUGAGAAUGAUUUCGGCCGAGGCUCCUGUCAUAUUCGCUAAGGCUUGUGAAAUGUUCAUCCUCGAGCUGACUUUGCGUUCUUGGAUCCACACCGAGGAAAACAAAAGGAGAACACUACAGAAGAAUGACAUUGCAGCUGCCAUUUCAAGGACUGAUGUCUUCGAUUUUCUUGUUGAUAUUAUUCCUAGAGAUGAGUUGAAAGAGGAGGGACUCGGGGUCCCUAAAGCUACCCUUCCGGUGGUGGGAUCGCCAGCAGACAUGCCAUACUACUAUGUCCCGCAACAGCAUCCUGCUGGACCAACUGGGAUGAUCAUGGGAAAACCUGUCGAUCAAGCAGCAAUGUACGCUGCUCAACAGCCUAGACCACCUAUGGCUUUCGUUCCAUGGCCGCAGACUCAGCCUCAACAACAGCAGCAGCAGCAACCACAAACCGAUACUUGAACCUGUUUAGAGGGGGUGUAAUGAGGAGGGUACCAACCUGAGCUUGUUUCGGCAUUGUUGGAGAUGGGUUUAAAUUUGUCCUUUAGUUUGUAGUGAAAUCAGUAGUAGCUUUUUAAACAUUAGUUGGAGUUUGUGAAUUUGUGAUAGAAAAAUCUCAGUGGGUUAUGACAUUUUCAUUUGCAAGAUUGUAUCAUUUAUGGGCUUGUGUUUAGUCAUUUAAAAUUAAUCUUGGGUUUUGCAACC